AUGUCCGCGUCGAACUCCAAACUGUUCCAGCCAAUACGCGUCGGGAGAAUGCCAUUGGACCACCGAAUUAUUUACGCUCCCCAGACUCGUUACAAAGCCACUAGGAAUGGACAUGUGCCUCUGCUUCCUAUCGUCAAAGAUUAUUAUUCCCAGCGUGCCAGUAUGCCGGGAACACUCAUAAUCACCGAAGCGGUCCUCGUCUCAGACAAAGCCGGAGGCAAGACGCACCUACCUGGAAUCUGGAGCCAAGACCAAAUUGAUGCAUGGAGAGUGGUCGCAAGCGAAAUUCAUGCCGGAGGAUGCUUUGCAUUCAUGCAAAUCUGGGCCCUUGGGCGUGCGGCAGAAUACGAGGACCCCGGUGUCGAAGACACCUCCAAGCCCUUUGAAUAUGUUUCGUCUUCAGACGUGCAGCUCUUUGGUCUGAAAGACAAACCUCCACGACCCUUGACACUUUCAGAAAUCAAAGAAUACAUUUCUGAUUUUGGUAAAGCAGCAUCCAAUGCAGUUCAUGGAGCUGGAUUCGAUGGCGUCGAGGUCCACGCGGCGAACGGCUAUCUGUGCGACCAGUUUACGCAAGAUGUCGCUAACAGACGCACGGACGAAUACGGUGGAAGUAUCGAAGGCAGGUGCAAGUUCGUAAUAGACGUGAUGCAUGAAGUGGCAAAGGCGGUGGGCGAGGAUCGGGUCGCUGUGAGGCUGAGCCCUUGGAGUCUGUUCCAGAAUAUGCGUAUGGCCGAUCCAAUUCCAACAUUCAGCUACUUAGUGACCAAGCUCAAAGAGAGCCUGCCGGGCAUUGCCUACCUUCACGUAGUUGAACCGCGAAUAAAUGGGUCCAAGACUGAACGUGCAGAAAACAUCGUGCAAACAGACUCAAACGACUUUUUGCGGCAGAUCUGGCACCCAAAGCCGCUUAUUUCGGCUGGCGGUUAUACCAGAGAAACCGCGAUGCAGGUAGCGAAUGAAAAGGAGGACUUAAUUGCGUUUGGGAGGUAUUUCAUCUCGAAUCCUGAUCUUCCAUCUAGGAUUAUCCAUAACCAUCCUUUGGCUCCAUAUGAUAGGGACACCUUCUACAUUCGCGGAGAUGAUAGUGGACGAGGAUAUACGGAUUAUGCAUUUUACACCCCCGAUGCCCAAGGUGGUCUGACUACCAAGGAGGCUUUAGCAAAGCUGGUCUAUGACGUUUAA